UUUGCUCAUUUAAAAAAAAAAAAACGGGUCGUUUUUCCUCUCGGGUGUCGAGCGAUUCUCAUGGUCACGGGAGACUCGUCCCCGCAGCCGCAGCAGACCUCCGGGAGCCGGGGACACCAAAUGGGACUGGAGGAAUUUCCAGCAUCUUCGGAGAUCAUUUAGGCACCGAGGCCAUUCAGCCCGAGCAGGGGUGGUGGCAGACGGGACUACAUCGCAGGGCCAGGGUGUCUGUUUCACUGGGAAUACAGAUUUGUUUACACGUUUCACAUCGGCAGGGAAAAAAAUUCGGGACGCGGAGGCUGAAGGAUUCACGCGAGGAGUUCAUGCAUGCACGACAACUUGUGCCAGCCGGAAGCAGUGUGUUCAUUGUUGUUGCUAAAAUAUAGUUUGAUGCCGGGGUUGUGAUAUCAUCUGACUCCACAGCUAAUACGACAGAGGCCCCGAUUCAUGUUUUAAGCUCUGCACUGUCGAUUGCUCGCUGCCACCCGAUUUUUUUUUGCCCAGGAGUAUUGAUCGAAAGAGACCGUAUAGGUAGUGUCUAGUAUUUGGACGAGCCCUGCAACAACAACAACCCAACAGUCUCCUCAGAUUAAUUUAUUAUCAGCACCGUCUUUUAUUUUUCCACAAAAUCCCUGCCUACUUCAGACGAAUGCCAGAGAAGGACGCUCCAGGGAAAUCGCCUCAUCACGCUCUGGAAAAUGUUAAAAGGAUAUAAUUUGCUGCAAAUCUAGAACCGGAAGCCCAAUGAGUGACACACAGUCCAGCUUCACUGACAGGUUUCCCAAGAAAGCAAACAGAACCAGCAGCAUUCUCAGUAAAGACCAUCCCCCAGACAAGAAACCCAGAAGUGACAAAACCUCACUUCCCUCCAAUGAGUUUGACCCUACAGAAGCUCUGGUGGUGCAGAAGAGUGGCAGCAGCAGUGUGCUAGCAGAGGGGAAGCCUGAGUCCUGUGGUCUGGUCCAGCGAUGUGUAAUCAUCCAGAAAGAUGAAAAUGGCUUUGGGCUCACUGUCAGUGGUGACAACCCAGUGUUUGUGCAGCUUGUCAAAGAAGAUGGGGCUGCAAUGCGGGCAGGUGUUCAGACAGGAGACAGGAUCAUCAAGGUCAAUGGGACCCUUGUAACACAUUCUAACCACAUUGAAGUGGUGAAGCUAAUCAAAUCGGGCUCCUAUGUGGCCCUCACAGUGUUGGGGCGCCCUCCAGGGCUCGCCCAGAUCCCUUUGUCGGAAGCAGAGUCUGAAAUGUUGGGUGUUAGCAUUUCCUCUCCAAACUCCCCAGCAUCAGAACGCCCCUACAGUCCUCUGGACCGCCUCUCUUCUACACAUCCACCAUGGGAUGAGAACAGCAGUGUCUGCAACCCAAGGGUUGAUAUCUUGCAAAGGAUGCUCUCGAAAGAGCAGCACGAGCUGCAGGCCAUGAAGGAGGAGUACAGCAAGAACCCCUCCCCCAAACUACUGAAAGACAUCCAGGAAGCUAAAAAACACAUUCCUCAGCUGCAGGGUCAGCUCUUCAAGGCCACUGGGGCAACACAGGAGGCGGUUCCAGGUGGUGAUGCAGAUGAUGGUAGCAUGUUUGAGUCAGAGCACACUCUCACCUCAAAGGGAGACAACAACACAGACAUGUCCUGGAGCAGCACGCCUUUAUCUCACAGAUUUGGGCCUGGAUCUCCAGACAGUUUAUUUCCAAGACAGACAUCCUGCUCCAGCCCAAAGAGCACACCCAGGAACAGCUUCAACUCCUGCCACUCCCCAGACGCAGCGGACACCACUGACCUGGACUCUCUGUCCCCCACCACAGUCAGCAGUCCCUCCUCUUCUCGCCUCGUCUCACAAAUCAUUGGAGCUGAGGACGACUACUUUGAUUCGGACCAGGAACAGACAAACGGCCAGUGUCACAACUUUAACAGCAUCGAGCAGCUCAAGUCUCGCCCCGCCCACCUCACGGCCUUCCUUCACCAUGUCAUCUCUCAGUUCGACCCUGCUCCUUUGCUGUGCUACCUCUAUGCUGACCUCUACAAGCAGACCAACUCCAAAGAGACCAGACGGGUGUUCAUGGACCUCCACACCUUCUUCAUCGACCGAGGAGCUAAUUUGAAAGUUGCUGUCCCUGAAUCCAUCUCUUCUGAUCUUGAUCGACGGCGGACAGAACUGAUCCCAGAGGAAAUAAACAGGCAACACGUUCAAACACUGCAGGACUCUCUGCUCCCUGACAUUCAGAAGAACCUUGAGGAUUUCAGGCAGAAGCGCAGUAUGGGUCUAACAGUGGCUGCAGCUGAAUUGGCCAGACUGGACCAAGAGCGAGUCAGAGACAGGGUCACUCUGGAGAGAGAGCGAUCAUAUGCUGAAAGCAUCAUCACCAAGAUAGAGGAUAUCCUCUUAACUACUCAGACCACAGAGGAAGAGAAAUGCACUACCAUGCAGUAUGUCAUCUAUACAUACAUGAAGCACCUUGGUGUGAGGGUGAAGGAACCUCGCAGUCUGGAGUCCAAACGGGUCCGGAUCAACUUUCUCCCCAAGAUCAAGAAAAGCAUAAAGACAGAAAAGGAAGGAGGAGAAGAAAAGGUGAAGAAACCCAGAUUUCCCAGCAUCCUUGGUCCUCAGCGUCGGCCCAGCCGCAUCGAAGCAGCAUCUGUGGGUAAAGCCUUGGAUGGUCGCCCACGACCUCAGAAGCAAUUGUCUCAGCCUUCACUGGGGGCAAGCGAGCACACGGAAACUGGUCGUUUAAGAAGCAGCCAAUCAAGUGAGGGCUCUGAGCUCACACACUCCAUGUCUGUCAACACCUCAUCCCCCAACAGCACCACCUACAGCUCAGACACGAGCCGAGAUGCUGAUAUGGGUGGAACUCCGACCUCAGGCCCUCACAGGCUGAGUGACGGCCUUCAGACUGACUCUCUGGACGGGCUGCCAUACCCUGCUUCGCACUUUGACCUCUACAGCCUGGACCAACUGCAAGAGGACGACAGAGAGAGUGACAGAGCUCACGAGGGAACACCAAAGGCCAUAAGAAGGCUUGAGGGACUGGGUGCAGCCGACGUCCAGAGUGAAGACGACCAGGGAACAGACUCUGAGCACGACCCCCCAAACUGGCAGCAGCUGGUGGGACGAGAAGUCCUAGCGGGUCUCCGGCCUCAUGAAAUCAAGAGGCAGGAAGUUAUCAAUGAGCUGUUUUACACGGAGCGUGCACAUGUGCGGAUGCUGAGAGUUUUGGACCACGUUUUCUACCAGAAGCUUUCCAAAGAGAGCAUCCUGCCUCCCGCUGACAUCAAGAACAUCUUCACCAACCUGGAGGAGAUUCUGCAGCUGCAUGCUUCAAUACUGGAGCAAAUGGCAGCCGUGCGGAAGAGAAAUGAGUCCUCAGUAAUUGAUCAGAUAGGAGACGACUUGCUCUCCUGGUUCAGUGGCGGAGAGGAGAAGAUCAAGCAGGCGGUGGGGACGUUCUGCAGCAACCAGCCUUUCGCUCUGGAGAUCAUUAAGACCAAGCAGAAGAAAGACUCGAGGUUCACUUCGUUCAUCCAGGAGGCAGAGAGUAACAGACUGUGUCGCAGACUGCAGCUUAAAGACAUCAUUCCUGUGGAGAUGCAGCGACUCACCAAGUACCCUCUGCUACUAGAGAACAUCUCCAAGUACACAGACAACACGGUGGAGAAGGACAAAGUGAAGCAGGCGGCGGACUGCUGCAGGAAGAUCCUAAAUCACGUCAACCAGGCUGUGAAGCAAUCUGAGGACAAGCAGAGGCUGGAGGACUAUCAGAGACGACUGGACCUGUCCUCUCUGAAGCAGACGGAUAACCCCGUGAUCCUGGAGCUAAAGAACCUGGAUCUUACCAAGAGAACAAUGGUGCACGAGGGACCUCUGUCAUGGAAAGUGAACAAGGACAAGACUAUUGAGUUGUACACGCUCCUCCUGGAGGACAUCCUGGUCCUGCUACAGAAACAAGAUGAGCGUCUGAUCCUGAAGUGUCACAGCAAAAACCUGGCAGGCACCGCAGAUACCAAACAUAUCUUCAGCCCCAUCAUCAAACUCAACACUGUGCUGGUGCGCUCUGUGGCCACAGACAACAAGUCCUUUUUCGUCCUGUCCAUGUCAGACAACGGAGCCCAGAUCUACGAGCUGAUGGCGCCCACGGUCGCAGAUCAGAUAACGUGGCAGCGUCUAAUCAUUCAGAGAGCGGACGCCAUGAAAGUCAAACCUCACACCAUCAUCCCGUUACCUCAGAGCGAUGGGGAGAGAGACGACGUGGAGACCAUCACCGCAGGUGUUUCCAGGCUGAGUCGAGACGCAGACCGCACAUCCACUGGCAGCACCCAGUCAACAGAUAAAGAGAGCAGUCCGGCCCCUAGAAGCGCAUUGCCGAGCUCUCUACCUGGAAAUAAUCCAUUCGAGAGGGUGAAGGCUGAGGAGGAGGAGCAGGAGGAGGAAGGGUUUGUGGAUCCGGAGCUUCCUUACCAAGCGGCUGAGGACGGCAGAGAAGGAGACUCGUUUAACGUUUAUCCCUCCAGAGCAGACGAAGCACUGAAAACACUGGCAGCAUUAAAGCAGGUGUUGGUGACCCAGCUGAUGUCCCAGGAGGCUGCAGAGCAAAGCAAACGCUCCACAGGGGCUCGUCUCCUCAGGACCACGUCUCUGCGGACACCCAUCGACAGCCGCGCACGAGUGAUGGUCCACAACGGCUCCGAGAAGAACAGCUCUCACACGGAGGACCCGGCCCAGGACCUGGGCUCUGGGGACACGGGCUUCUUCGACUCUCCUGACGAUUAUGCAGGAUACUUGGUCCUGGAGGGCUACGGUGGCCCGGGGGAGAGCAGCACAGAUGACGACAUCUUGGCAUCAACCACAGGGAAGCAGCUGAGCACCUCACAAGGCUGCGCCACGGACUCCGGCAUCAACUUGAGGUUCUCCUCGGCGUCUCAGGCCGGCAGCCUCUCCUCUUUCAGCAGACAAGUCCUGUCUCACCUCAGAAACCUUCAGUCCAACCUGAGCUAUCUGAAGGACGUUGAGGCCAAGUACAAUAAUCUAAUACGCCAAAGGCCUGAAAGGUCCUCAGCAGACAUGGACAGAAACAAAGAUAAGAGAUAGUGGAUAGUCCACGCCACGGCUUCUGGCUCUGGUCCCAAAGAGGAAGUCCUGACCCGUCGUCUGUUCUUACUUCUCGUGUCCUGGACUUUCUGGACCUCCUAUAAGCUUGUCCUCUCACUGCUGAGUCCCCCUAUUUUUCUUUCCAUCGCCGUCGCCCGCGGCCGCCACUGAGAAUGAGAGACUGAGAGUGUGAGCAGAAACGUGGCGUCUUUAGCGACGCCGCACCCCCCCCUCUCCCCUCCAUCAGCACAAGGCAAUCAGGGAAGUGGGAUUGCCCCCAGAACCUCAUCCCUCGACCAUCUAACACCCAUUUCCCCCCGAACUCCCUGCAAGAAAGAGAACUUAUACCAAAAUGUACAAAGAUGUGUGUUUAGAAUAUAUAUAUAUGAAACACAAAACAAGAAAAGGAAAAUUUUAAGAUAAUGUAUUAAGAUUUUUUUUAUCCCAAGAUGUAUUUAUUUUCUUUCUUUUCUUUUCAUUUUUUUUUUUUUUUUUUAAAGUUUUUCCACAUUGCUUGCAUGCUUUUGGCCAUGGUGUUACCUUUUCGGCUGCUCCUCCCUGCUUCAGUCACACAGGCUUCGUGUGAGUGUUGAGUGCACGCGAGCGUCAGCCGAGCGUCAUCCUGAUGAAGUGGCAGGAGUAUAUUCAGACUGAUAGAGGCCGGAGUUGCACUGGUGAUGGAUAGAUCCCAUUGUGUUGAAACUCUUGAACUGUGUUAAAAGACUAGAAUUUUAGACAAAUUCUAGGUGUGGUGUUAACUAGAAUGAAGAGUCUCGAGGCUCUGAUCUGGUCCUGUUGCAUUUCUGUGCCUCCUCCUCCUCCUCCUCCUCUUCCUCGCUGUGAGGACUAUUUUUCCUCCCGUCUACUCCUCUCCUCCUUUGCGUGUGACUCUUCUCCUUCUUUUUCCUUUUGAACACUUACAGGUGUCAUCCUUCCUUUUUUUUCUCCUCGCAGCCCCCUGGCAAUCAUGUUUCUUUAUCCCCUGCUGCACUCUAUAUGUCAUGCUUUCUCAUCUUCCCUUUGGGGAUCUUGUCCCCGUUCUCCCCUCCCCUCUCUUCUGCAAGGAGCGGCCACGCUCUCUCUGUAUUAGCUUCUGACAGAAAUGCUGCUUCUCUCUGCUACUAUUGGCUGUUCUGAUCUGACUGCCUGAUAUUCUAACAAUGUCAUGAAGUUCAACAUAUACUGUACAAUGAUCAAGUUGGAAGGUUAUGCAUAACUUUAAUAAAUAAAUGGUGCCAUGACACAUUGAAAAAGGAAAA